CCCCACAGCUGCGGGCCUGGACACCACCUCGUGGGCCGAGCCUGCCGCGACGUGGACGAGUGUGCGUAUGAGCCUUGUCUGCACGGCGGUACCUGUUACAACCUGGUCCCUGGUUACCGGUGUGCGUGCGGCCCUGCCUUUGAGGGGGAGAACUGCCAGUGGACGAAACUACCUCCUCACGCCCACACUCUGGUCACGCCCAUUCUCAUAUCGGCGAUUACGUUCUCUUCAUUUCUCCUGGUCAUCCUCAUCCUGGUCGUGGCCAUGCGCGUGCGGCGAUGGCGCGGCGGGGCGGGGGGCGACGCGCCGAGGCCCGACAGCAUGCAGGGUCUGACCGGGGGGGCGCUGACCCCCGAGUCGGCCAAGGGGGAGUGCCACCGCCCCCCGAGUGCCUCGCCCAGGGAGGAGAAGGUCCUGCUGGAGACGCUCAAAGUCAAGAUUCCCGGCACUAAACUUCGCCUCGUAGGUGAUCAUCGAGGGAGCUUUUUUUCUCUAAGUAUUCUUGUGGGAUUUUCUCCUUUUAUCUCUCUCGUUCUUCAUCUUCUUUCGUGUUCUUCGUGAGUUGUGACAUGUUGCUGAGGCUUGCCUGGUGUUGCUUAUGUCUUUCGUUUGCUAAAUGAUGACGAUAAUCUUGCGUGUGCCCCCUCCCCCCAGAGAAGCCCCCGCCCGUGUCUCACACGUGCACGACCACGCUGGCUGUGGAUGACGACGCCGCCGUGAGGGAGCUGAGCCUGAUCGCGGCGCCCGGGUCGUGCCGCGCGAGCCCUCACUCGAGCGCGGGGAGCCGGCCGACGCCGUCCAUCUCGAGGAGCUGCUCGGCGUCCUCCGUGCGCGGCGACGCCAGCGUGGCCAAGAGGCUAAGUCUGCCGCGGCUGGCGGCCUCCCCCAUGGGCGCGGGGGACUGCCAGCGGGUGCUGGCGUCGGCGCGGGUGAGCGCCGCGCAGCCGCUUCUGCCGCAGGACGACCUUAGAGCUUAUGCCUACGAGGGCGACGGCUCGCCUUCGGGAUCACUCACCUCCACGGUCUUAGGUCUGCGGACGUCGUCCAUCGAGGACACGAGCGUACGGCCGCUCAUCCCCGAGUACGGCGAGGUCCUCGACCUGAUCAGGAACCUCCCCGACGCCGCCGACUCGCCCCUCCUGCGCCUCUCGAACCCGCGGCGGAGCCACGAAGGAGGCGCGGGGCCUCCGUCUCUCCCGACGCCAGAGGUCAAGACGAUCGCGAGGCCGGAGGACGCGUGCGACGUCAGAGCCCGCUGCCUGUCGCUGUCGGCCGCGAGAAGGAGCCCGCCGGAGUCAGGGGCGGAGCCGCGGCGAAGGGCGGGGAGCCACGGGCCGUCGCCGCACCGCUACAGUACGGCGUGCUGAUGUCCGGCCGCUCUGGGGGCGCCGACGGCCGCUCGUCUGCCGCGCCGACGCCCGAUGCUGUGUCUUGUUCAGCCGAGGAAGUGAAUCGGUGUGUGUGUUAAUAAGUUAGGGGACCCACAGAAAUGUUAUUGAAACUAAUUUAUUCGUAAAUGUUUAUAAGGAUUAUAUAUAUAGAUAU